AGAAGACCUACGCUGCUGUUUGACUCCAGCAGUAGUAUAUAAAUGCUUGAGCCAAGGUGGCACUCCAUUCUUCCUACCAACAUCACUUUGACAUUCCAUUCGGCACCUAGGAACAAUGAGCCAACUCGUUGCUCGCCUUCGCGAAACCUUGGAGUCGUCUACUUCGUCUUCGCAGAGGCCACCUUUGACGCAGAGAAGACGCUCAUCUUCGGUUCCCCCACUUCGAUCGCGAGAUGCUCACGGCACAACGCAUGACGGUGCGACGCCUCCCAUGCCCAUCUACGGUGGUGACGCUCUGCCUGGCCGAAGAAGACGAAGAGAGUCCGAGAGCGAAGGGACCGACAUUGCAUUCAGUCCUGUCCAGCCUGAUGCACAAUCGGUGCCCUCUCCUGUGGGCAUCCUACAACGGCCCUGUGCUUCUCCCCCUCCAGCUCCUUCGGCCGGGUCCGCCGGUGCUGGGGCAUUUUCAGGUCCUCGAAAGAACCGGGCAAUGUCUUUGACGCUCUGUGUCGAUGAGUUGGAUCUCAAGAGAGGGAAGCGAGCUUCGGCGUCAUCAGGUUCGGGCGCUAGCUCGCUCUCGCCAACCGGAUCCUACUCUCAGGCAGGCGACAAUCCUCCUGUUCCGAAGGCCGGCGCUCCCGUCGAAGCUAUGGGUGGUAAUGGUGCGAGCUCAUUCGGAACUGGUCGGCCUCUAAGCUUUGCAAAGCAGGAGCAACAACAAGCACAUGGAAAGCGUCGUCGACUUGGUGAUCCCAUGUAGAACAACAAUUUCUCGCCACCUCCGGGUCUCUAUCUUAUGUAUGCUAUAUCCUUGCUUCUCAAUGUACCCCAACCAAAUCGUGUGUAUUCAUUUCUCUUGCACUCAGAGAGAAGAUAGUAGCCAUCUAGUAGCCGCUCGCACCGGGAGCCGUUUCUCCCUCUCUCCUCAGGCUCAAGAGAACCUCUUUCAUCCUCGUCAAAUCUGUUGC